CGCAUCGUUGAAAUUUAACAACGUAAGAUACUCAAUAAUCCGCAAAUCGUUGUGAACUUCGAUAAAACUGAAAUGACUUUUGAGUAUAGCCAAGAUAUUGCCAAACCGCCGGAGUAUUUGAAUUUGCAAUUCAUUGAGGAUGUGACGGAAAAUGCAUUGCGGGAAACAAAUGUUAAAAUCAUAAAAGCUAGCUUCAGUUUAGGCAGUGCUGCAGGCGAGAACUACUGCAGCUUGGUAUAUCGCAUGAAAGUGCAAUACGAGUUAGCAGUGUCGGGUAAGCAUGGAGAGUUAUCUGUGAUCGUUAAAUGUCUACCUCCCAUGGAUGGAAUUGAUUUCCUGGAUGAAAUUAGCGUAUUUGUAAAGGAAAAGACAAUAUUCGAGGAGAUGUUACCAAAACUCUCGCUGUUCCUGCAGUCGGGCGAGCGCUUCGGUGGGCGUCUCUAUCACGCCAUUAAAAGGCCUGUGAAUUGCUUAGCCUUCGAGGAUCUAAAUGUGUGCGGUUACCAGAUGGCAUCGCGUGAACGAGGAUUGAAUGAGAAGCAUGCGCGCUUGGUGAUGAAACGCAUUGGGCAAUUUCACGCAGUCUCAAUGCAUCUCGCACAGAAGGACCCACAUAUACCCCAGCUCUACAACCGCGGCAUGCUGUCCCGCAACGCACUCAAACCUGACGGCUUCCUGCUGCGAUUUUUCUCCCGAAGUGCCAACGCUCUACUGCAGCUCAUCUCCAAAUGGCCCGAUUACAUGGAUAUUGCUGAGAAAUUGCAAAAAUACAUUGAAAACAUAGCCGAUAAUUUGGUGCGCGCUCAGGCACCUUCUCCAGAUGACACAUUUCGCGUUCUAAAUCAUGGUGAUCUUUGGGUCAAUAAUAUACUCUUCAAAUACGAUGACAAUCAUCAGGUGCAAGAUUGUAUAUUUAUCGAUUAUCAGAUGACAGUGUGGACCAGUCCGGGCGUUGAUUUGAAUUAUUUCCUAUACACCAGCUUGCGAUUGGACGUAUUGAAAAAUAAGCGCGAUGAAUUGUUGAAGGAGUAUUACCAUCAUUUUCGCGCUAAACUUGUCGAACUCAACUACAAUCCUUUGCCGAGCUUUCAACAAAUCUGCGGUGAAGUGCGCAGACGCGCUAGCUAUGGGCUGUUCGUUAAUUACGGCAUCUACCCGCUCGUUGUACAGGAUAAAGAAGUAGCUAGUGAUAGUACUUUGGAUAAUAUGGCUGACGCAGAUUUUGCGGCCAAAAAACUUGAAGAAUUGUUUGCUUCCGUGCAACUGACAGAAACGCUGCGGUACACUUUGAGAGAAUUCGAUAAAAUGGGGGUUUGGGAUUGAGUACGACGAAUAUUAUUAGGUUUGUUCGUCGAAAAUCCAGCAAGAAUUAUCCAACACUCAAAAUAUCAGAAAGUAAGAAAAAAUUCUCUCAAAUUCUCUCUCAUGUUGAGAAACUUGCAAAUUUCUGCACGAACACAAAUUUGCAGGAAUUUGCAAGUUCCCCUGCCAGCUGGCGUCCACGGUUGCAUUUCAAACAUAAAAAAUUUUUAUAGAAUUUUUAAAAUUCUUUCGGAUGGCCAAAAACAGGAUAUACAUGUAUAUUUCUUGUUGCUCUGACUUUCUUUAACAUACAUUUCAAUUUCUUCAUCGUACUAGCUGUCGGGUUUCUCAAAUCGACUCUGGUUGAAAUUGCAUUCCGAUUGCGAAUACCAUUUUUUUCAGCCGAAUUAAGUUCAAAUCAAUGGAAUUAACUAAAUUAAUUAUAUCAACAAUUAUUUACUUCCUUUUUUCAUAAAUUUUUUAUAAAUUUUUAUAUUUAACGAACUAAUUUAUUCAAAUUAUUGUAGACAAAAAUGCAACCAUGCACCAUAACCACAUGUAUUUCGUGUUUGCAAAUUCUUGCUGGCAAAAUUUUUUCCAGCAAGAAUUUGCCACUUCUCUCCAAGAGAACUGUCACUUUGCUCUCACAAUUUUUGAGUGUUGGAUAGUUUUUUGGUCUGCACGAACGCGAUUUGGGCAAAAAUCGUGAUAAUUCGUACAAAUUCGUACAAAUUUUUUGCUCGACGAACAAACCUAUUAACUUCAAUGGUCAGGUUUGUUAGUUGUUAGGAUAAUUAUAUGAUAUUUUAUUUUAAAAAGUUGCAAUAAGUUGCUUAGAAUAUCGUGUAAAAAGGUCUAUAUUUAAGAUUUUUUAAAUAAAAAAA